UCAGGGCACUUCGUGUGAAAAUUAUCUAAUGGCUAACGACUCGAACAGAUGAUAAUGGUGGAUUGAAGCUAAAUUCAAACUCAGAUUUUGCCGUCCCUCAAAUCGGGUAGGGAGAGUAAUUUCAAUUCAACCGGUUGGAGUGCCAAAUGAUGUAUUUUAUUGCCGACAUGUUGCACAUCAGUUGAAACUUAUUUUCGGUGGAGUUUGACCAGUUUUUCAUUACCUGUUUUGAUUCAUAUUGGAUGGAUGGCGAGUGAGUGAGUUAUCUAAUAAGUGCAGAUAUCUAUGGACAAUGAAGACCACUCGCAAGUGCAGGGCACUGCUGUCCGUUAGUAUGAAUCUUUUAGCACUAUUUUUCUCAAUAACUGCUUUCAUCACAACAUACUGGUGCGUCGGCACGCAGCGCGUCCCCAAGCCGAAGUGCACUAAACUUCGCACGCACAACUGCAUCGAUUAUGGAGUGAACGAGACGGACCCCAAAGUAGUGGUGUACAGUUGGGAAACGGGGGACGACCGGUUCCUAUUCAGACAGUUCCACACCGGGAUCUGGUUCUCCUGUGCGGAGAAUAUCCAUGAUGAAGGUGAGAAAUGCAGGAGCUUUAUCGAUCUGGCUCCGGCUUCGGAGAGAGGGCUCCUGGGUAUGGUGGCCCACAUGAUGUACACACAGGUGUUCCAGGUGACAGUCACCCUGGGCCCUGCAGACUGGAGGCCCUAUAACUGGGACUACGGAUGGUCCUUCUGCAUGGCCUGGGCAUCCUUCACCUGCUGCAUGGGUGCAUCAGUCACCACCCUCAACUCCUACACCAAGACUGUCAUCGAGUUCCGACACAAACGCAAGACCUUCGUGCAGAGCAUCCGAAAGGAGCAGGCGCGGCAGGCGUUGGGAUACUACCGCGAUCACUCCCUGCGCUCCAUAUCCCAAACCGUGGAGGUGUACACACAGACGCCGUAUAGCAGUGGUAUUAGGACGCACGUACCGGCCGCGUCGUUAGACCCGAGUGACGGAUCAGAGACUCUGGGGGAAGACCAGUGCUGAAGGGAGGGAUCCCAGCGGGGAAAAACUGGUUACAACUGGUUCACAAUUAUGUCAUUUUUAACAAUUUUCUGGUUGUGCUGAUGUUAUUUCAUCAUCAUUUCAACUCGUUUCGCCCACCGGGAUGUGUCGAAAGUAACUGUAUGAAGUCAGUGCUAUCCAAUUGUGAUCCGUCACCUGUGUUGGGUCUUCUGGGGAUUCUGUAGCAACUGAAUCCGUUCUGAUUGAAUUCAUCACUGCCUUAAUUGAGCCAGGAUAUUCACUCCCUUGUUCCAAGUUUGGGCAUUGAUAGUCAUGGAAAGAGCCGUGUACACACGGAUCAUACAACUAGAUGAUCUGACACACAAGGAAAGCAGCAAUCAAUAACAAUAGCGUUUCACCCGCCCCUGUUUCAGUUAAAAGCUGAGGGACGGAGCUGGAGAAAUGUAACCACUCUCAAAUUCAGAGACAGAACUAUGGAUGCAAGGACUGAAUAUCCAUGAUAUCGACAUUAUAGUUUUGAGGCUGUGCGGUGUUUGUUUACAUUUACUUUGUUUACAAACAUUGGAGUGAAACAAGCUUCUAUUUUGGGUUCUAAUGGGGUCAGACAGUUGAACUAAGCUGAUGAGGCAUUAAUGUUAUAUUCUUCAAGAAUUAAUGGGUACAUGUCAUUCAUUUGUAGGUUAAAAAAUGGAUGCCCCUUUAAACAAGAUUUGUAACAGAAUGCCCUCUGAUUUUCCUGGGACACCAUAGGACUGUUUAUACGAUGUUUUUGCAUGCUAUUAGCCUUACUAAAUAUGGAAUUAGGAAGGGGGUGACAAACUGCAUUUAACUCGUAUUUUAAGAAUGUGCACCGCAAAAUAUAGCUAUAAGUGUUUGCAGCGUAUACCGUGCCUAUAACGCAUAACUAUAUAAAUGUAAAUAAGUGUCAUAAAGUAGAAUGGUUUUGAUCUGUGAAAUCACUGUUAAGAUGUGUAUUAUUUCCCUGCUGAAGUUACAUAUUGUUUGUUGCCUCAGUGGUCUGUUUACUGCACAUUACUCAGUAUCGGAUAAAACUGACCACUGGACACCAAUGUUACUUGAGUACAAUUAUGACCAAUGACUGUGUAUUCUAUUUAAAGUACUUUGUGCUUAUAGGGAUUAAGGAUUCUGCAAUGAAUUACUCAAUAAACAAAUGUAUUCC